GAGCUGAAAUGUCAAUUGCUAUGCGUUUUGCUUUAGUCGUCCAGAAAAAAGAGAAGAAAAAACACUAAAACUUUAUUCUUGUGGCAUCUUGUAAACGAAGCGUAAAAGUAUUUUCUUGAGAACAGCAAUUUCAAAACAUAAACAUUCGAUUUGAAAACGGUUAUUACUUACCAUAAGCAGUCAUUAGUUAGUGCUCUGUGAAAAGUUCAAUCGAUCGACAUGCGAAUCACUCGAUAUUCGCGCGGUAGGCCCGAUUACGGUGGAGGAUACGGACGAGGUUCUAAUGGGCGAUACCGUGGAGGACGCGGUAGAUUUAUACGGGACAGACGUUAUGGAUACGACCCUAAUUAUCAAAUGUUUCACCGUGGACGCUCUUACGGCUAUCAUUCAGAUCGUUACGAACAAAGCUACAGAGAUCAUGAUGAUAUGCGCUACAACUACCACAGAUAUUCGUCGUCUCCAAGACAAGAGGAUCGAGAGGGGUAUACAGAACGGCGUUAUGGUUCACCGGUCGAACUUGCUUCGAGAGGUUCUUCUGUCGAGGAGGAUACACUUACAAAUAAAGACUUUCGAAAAAGGCGUCGUCAUCCGGCAAAGCAUCGUGAUUCUAGAAGACACCACCGUGAACGGAGUUCUAGUGCAGCAUUGAGCGAUAUUAGCUCGGGAAGCAGUUUCUUCGGCGAGGUGGAGGAUAGCGAUGCAUAUGCUAGUCCUGACUAUGAUGAACUAACAAGCCAAGCAACGGAUGAGGAAGAGGAUGCGGAUCUGGAUUCGCAAAAACCUCGCGACGAAAUUAAGCGUAAGAAGAAAAAAAAAGAAAAGAAAAAACGUGAUAAAGAGCGUCGCCAGAGAAAGAAAGAGAAAAAGCGAAAAAAGGAGUUGCUGGAGCGUAUUUGCCCGCCGGAUGUUGAUAUUAACCAGUCGAAAGAGAUUUUUUCAUCUGGAAAAAACAUACUAGUAAGUGUAAGUUUUCCGGAAGCUGAUCCAGAUGACGAGAAAGCGGCAGAAAGAAGUCACAAAAAAUCCAAGAAAAAGAAAUCUAAUCGUAAAAAAUCAAAAACGGAUCUCAAGAUUAAAGAAGAACGACUGCGGCAAUCACUUGAAGAAUUAAUUGCGUAUACGGCUUCAACUCAAAACAAAAAGCGCAAAGUCGAUGAAAACGUCAAACCAGUGGCGAUAAUUGAUUUAGAGCGAUCGCCAGGUAAGCAGCUUAUUUCCAGUCCUAAGGAGGUGAUAGUUUUAAGCGACGAUGAGGCUACUGGUAAAAAGAAAACGAAAGCACCAACUGACUUGGUCGGCCCGAAUACCCCACCGGAACCUGCACCAAAAUCUCCGGCAUCGUAUGAUCCAUUUGAUCCAACAAAAUCUUCCACCCAAUCACCAAUUUCCGGACACAACCUGGGCAGCAUAUCGACCGUGAGCUAUCCCGACCAUCAUCAACAUCAAUAUCACGGUCACUAUCAACAUCAACGCCAGACGAACGACCCCCAUCUCUCAGGUUUGCAAACUUCGAUCGAUCUCAAUAGUGCCAUCAGAGAAAAAUACGAAGAUGGUAUUUUGGAUUUACACCCUUCUUCUCCGAUGGAUCCUAUGUCGCCAAGGACUCAGUAUCGGCAAUCACCAUUAAAAGUCCAUCGGUCUUCACCAAUGAAAAAACCAAGCGGUCAUGUGUCUGCAACAGCGACAAUUACGUCUGGAGCGAUGGUUGCAGAAGCAUGCAGUGGUGCACCUUUCGGGGAUGAUAUGGAUGACGGGGAAAUUUCGCCCUACUCACCUCGCUCUAGCGAUUGUGAUGACCAUAUGUUCGAUCCCCCGUCGGAGGGUGGCGGUCCAUCCAACGCGAAUGGUAGUAGUGGUCACACACAGCCUAAAACUAUUGCUCUUACGGUGGACAAUCUUCGAAGGGUGUUUGGCAACGACAAAAACACUUUGUACGGAGAUCUGAGAAGGCCAAACGAAGCAGUUGCACUGGUCGACGAAAUGUACAAACCCCAAAAAGUUACAAUGGAAAUGUUAGAUGAUAUUCCAAACUCUGCAGUGGAUCUGCAGAUUAAGGAAAAGCUCAUACAAAAACUACAACGCCAGGAUCGAAUUGUAGAAGAAGUAAAACAUUUUCUCAAACCACACUUUAACAAGAAACGCAUCAAUAAGGAUGAAUACAAGGACAUUAUGAAAAAGUCUAUUCCCAAGAUUUGUCAUAGCCGUUCUGGAGAAAUUAACCCGCUCAAAAUUCAGAAUUUGAUUACGGCGUACGUUAAAAAAGCGGUCGCCAAGCGAAGAAUUGCGACUGCUGGUGGAAACGCGAUUGUAUCCUCAACUACGGCGGUAACGUGAUUGCUGCAGUCUUCAUUGGAUCAUGCAAAGUGGACAUAUGAACGGAUAUCUGCAGCCCAGUUCGAGCGAGGACAUCUUUGAGUGCCAGACCGUAACUCCCGCUUGAGCGUGCUUCCGAUAUAUUGGCUAUUGUGUAGCAAUGAUGUGCAUGUACCUUUGCGCUUUGUCGAAAUAUUGUAUGAUUACUACCCGGCGGGCUUAAAUAUCAUGUUUUACGGCGGCAAAUGUGGAGAAUAACUUGUACGUUAGUUUUAGUUUUAUAGGAAAAAAUGUUACUGUAUCAUAUGAAUUGAGAGAGAUACUUUGAUAGUAUGUGAGUUUUUCUAGAUGUACUUGUGUGUGAGAUCGAAAACCUGAUUAGGAAAAAAGUUGGGAAAAUGGCAAUGAAGAUUUGGUGUAAAAUCGUAGAAAAAGUACUAGGAUGGAAAGUAUCGAAAGCUGAUUUACAUAAGUUAUAAUUUAAAAAUUCUAGUUUUAAUUGCAUCUCUCUGAAUCGUACAGUUGAACUUACCUCGAUUUAAAAUACAGUUUUCUAGCAAGUAA